AAAGAAAGAAAAUGUGAAUGUUUUUCUUCACCAUUCGACCAAAGAACUGUCCUUUCAGGCAAAGUUACUGCUUACCUCAUUAACCGAGACUUCGUUGACCACGUCAGCCACACCUCUCCUGUGGAUGGUGUGGUAGUGGUCGAUAAUGACUACCUCCGUGGCAGGAGGGUGUUUGCCCGCGUGGCGGUCACCUACCGCUAUGGACGGGAGGAGGAUGAGGUGAUGGGACUUCACUUCAAUAAAGAACUAGAGCUUGUCAACACUCAGAUUGCCCCCAACGAUGGAAAAAAUGAAAUUAGUGAUGUUCAGGAACGACUUAUCAAGUCUCUGGGGACCAACGCCUAUGCCUUCAGUGUGGCUCUACCUCAAAACGCUCCUUCCUCUGUCACCAUCGAUAGCGGAAACGACAUGGACACGCAACCUCUGGGCGUGAGUUAUGAACUAGCGCUCUGUCUCUCAGGUCAUAGAGAAGAUAAGUACCGCAAACGCAAUUCCGUCACCUUCGCUGUCCGCAAAAUCUUGGCCGGAUGGAGAGGAUGCAAUUUCCGUCAACCACAGACCAUCGUCAGCAAAGGAUUCACAACCGCACCUGGCAGACUGACAUUACAAAUUUCUCUGAGUCAAGAAGUGUACUUCCACGGACAGCCACUGACGGUAACUCUAAACAUCAAUAAUGCGUCAAAGAAGACUGUCAAGACCGUGAAGGCUCAGGUGGUCCAGCACGUGGAAGUCACAAUGACCAGUAAUCACUUCAGCCGUGUGGUGUCCUCUCUCGAAACUCGUAAAGGGUGCCCCAUCAACCCUGGUGCAAGCCACACCAAGACCUUCUCUCUCACCCCUCUUGUUUCUUCAAACCAAAAACGUUUUGGCAUCGCCCUCGACGGUCAGGUCAAGGAUCAGGAAGCCAACUUGGCGUCUUCCACUGUGGUAGAGACUGGCAAGAACGUAAAUGACACCUUGGGUAUUAUUGUGUCUUAUUCUUUAAAUGUGAGGUUAAUUUGUGGCGCCAUUGGCGGUGAACUGACUGCUGACCUCCCUUUCAAGCUGAUGCACUCUGGCCCUGCCGUCCAAGAGCCGAGUUUAAGAAAAACUCGUUCCUGUAGUAACUUUACCUCACAGGAUUGCUAAUUCUCGCAGCGGUCUAAUCCAUUUCAGAGUUCAGAGUGGGCACGCGAUCCUAAAUGGUGAUGGAAACGUUCCCUCCUUCUACCUGUAUUACUUUUCUUCUUGAAAAAAAAA